AUGACGCGGCGCGCCAAGGAACGACGCAUGGAACGCGUACACGCCAAGCUGCGACAACAAGAGGAGAAGCUGUUGCGGGACCAACGUCUGAGCUCCCGUCCUGCGUGGAUCCAGCUACUCGCAGCCAUCGAUGGUCCUUCUCCUAACAGCAGCAGUAGUCUGCACGUGUCCAGCAGUGACAGUGACAGCCCCAAGCAGAAACCCCCGAUCGUAGAUGAGCUGCAGUGGAAGAGCUCCCAGGUGCCCAUCGCGGCCUCGGGCGGCUUUCAGCUGCCAAUCAAGCUUGAUGCACGCAAAGGAGAGCUGCAUUAUUCGUUCUCCACGAGGGACUACGACGUCAACUUCGGCGUGCAAAUGAUCUGUGCGGACGGGAGUCUGAUUGAGUUGCUGGAUACGCGGCGUUACGAGAGCCAGAAGCAGCAAGUAGAAGGCCAACUCAGUCUCACGGGGCCAGGUAUGGUGCUGUUAUUGUGGGACAACUCGUUCUCAUGGGUCAACACCAAACAGCUCGCCUAUCACGUGGAGCUGAAGCAGGAGACGCUCCCCGUGUCGGAAGCGGAGAAGACCCAGCUGGCGCUGAAGGCAAGACUCGAACGCGAGCAAAAGUUGCUGCAGGUAGAAGGAGAAUAUGACGGACUGGAGACGCAGGUGCAAACCGAGGCGCAAACGAUCGAAUUCUUGCGUCAUCAGAUUGAAGAGCUACAGCUGCAGUUGAGGCAGCAUGAAGAGGAGAGAGAGGUUAUCAACAAGAAGAAGGAUCAAGUGGGGGAACACAUCGAAGAACUUUGCUGGGAGCUGCAAGCACUGAGCUGGAGAUGCUUAGACCAAGCAGCGCUGCAUCGUAUCCUUGAUUAUCUAGAAGAGAAAGACCUAAUCGCAUGGUCGUUGACAAGCAAAAAGUGGUACGAGCUCGGACGCACGUAUCGAAGCAAGCGGGACACUGCUGAGGCUAAUGGCCAAUCUUCUACGUGA